AUGGAAGAUCAAGGCGCAGCCUCUGACGGGCGCGUUUUGGGUGUCAAAAUGUCAAUCAACCACAUUGGCUGGAACGAGGAGUUACUUGAACGACUGGAAAUUUACGUGCGUACCGUCAACACGCUCACCACUCGAACGUACCAGCUAUCAAAACUUAUAUUCCUUCAUGAGCUUCGCCGGCAACAUCAAGCUGAAGAACAAUUACACAGAGAACAACGCCAUGCAGACGACGAUCCUCAGACAGCUUAA